GCUGGGGUGCGGGCGCGGAGCCGGGGGCGGCCUCUGACAGGCAUAGGGGCGGCUGGAGGGCCGGUCGGGAAGUGUAUCUGGGCGACUUACAAGACGAAGUUAUCCGGAAGCGUCUUCUAAUCGAUGGAGAUGGUGCUGGGGAUGACCGGAGGAUUAACCUCCUGGUGAAGAGCUUCAUUAAGUGGUGCAACUCUGGAUCCCAAGAGGAGGGAUAUAGCCAGUACCAACGUAUGCUGAGCACUCUAUCUCAGUGUGAAUUUUCAAUGGGCAAAACGUUGCUGGUAUAUGAUAUGAAUCUCAGAGAAAUGGAAAAUUAUGAAAAAAUAUACAAAGAAAUAGAAUGUAGUAUUGCAGGAGCACAUGAAAAAAUUGCUGAGUGUAAAAAGCAAAUUCUUCAAGCAAAACGAAUACGAAAAAAUCGACAAGAAUAUGACGCAUUGGCAAAAGUGAUCCAGCAUCAUCCAGACAGGCAUGAGACAUUGAAGGAGCUAGAGGCUCUGGGCAAAGAAUUGGAGCAUCUCUCACAUAUUAAAGAAAGUGUUGAAGAUAAGCUGGAAUUGAGACGGAAACAAUUUCACGUGCUUCUUAGUACCAUCCAUGAACUUCAACAGACAUUGGAGA